AUGGGCCCUUUCAUCUCAUCUCAAGGAAACCGGCACAUUCUUGUUAUCAUUGACUAUGUUUCCAAAUGGGUGGAAGCCGUGGCAUCUCCCACCAACGACUCAAAGGUGGUUGUCAAUUUGUUCAAGAAAGUGAUCUUUCCAAGAUUCAGUGUUCCUAAGGCAAUCAUAAGUGAUGGAGGUUCACACUUCAAGCACCAUACAUUCAACAAGAUUCUUUCAAAGUAUGGUGUAUUGCAUAAGCGAGGCCUUGCUUACCAGCCCCAAACAAGUGGUCAAGCGGAGGUCACAAAUAGGGAGUUGAAAGUCAUCUUGGAGAAGACCGUUGCUAGAACAAGGAAGGAUUGGUCUAGUAAGCUCAUUGACUCAUUAUGGACUUACAGGACUGCCUUUAAGACUCCAAUUGGGACAACUCCCUAUAAUCUUGUGUAUGGGAAGAAUUGUCAUCUCCCGGUUGAAAUUGAGCAUAAAGAAAAUUGGGCCAUUAAGCAAAUCAAUUUUGAUCUCCACGCCGCGGGUGAACAAAGGAUGCUAGAUCUUCAUGAGCUAGAAGAGCUCCGAAUGAAUGCCUAUGAUAGUGCAAGCCUUUAUAAAGCAAGAACCAAGGCGUGGCAUGACGCUCAAAUUUCCAAGAAGGAGUUUGUGGAAGGGCAAAAGGUCCUACUCUACAAUUCAAGACUCAAGCUCUUCCCCGGAAAAUUGAGGUCUAGAUGGAGCGGUCCAUUCCAAGUAUCCAAAGUCUUUCCAUAUGGCUCAGUCGAGAUAUUCAAUGACAAGUACCCUCCGUUCAAAGUGAAUGGGCACCAUCUCAAGGCGUACGACGAGGGUUAA